AUGUUUAACUUUCUCCGAAGAAGACGCAAAAAUUGGCUCCUUGAGUCAACGGAAGAGGAUGAGGUGCAUGUUGAAGCUGAAAGUUCAAACUACAAGUCGAAGAAAAGAGGAGGUUCUACUCCUGGCCGUGUCUUUAUUGACCGCAACAGGAAAGAAGGCCACGAGAAGUUAGUGCGUGACUACUUCUCUGCCAACCCGACAUACAAUGAAAAAAUUUUCCGAAGGCGAUAUCGUAUGAGCCGUGAUUUGUUCAAUCGUAUUCAUGAAGGUGUUGUUUCUUAUGACAACUAUUUCAUUCAAUCUCGAGAUACUGUGAAUAAGGUUGGGUUAUCUUCAUUGCAGAAAGUUACUGCAGCUCUCAGAAUGAUGGCCUAUGGAGUAUCCGCUGAUAUGAUUGAUGAAAAUCUACAGAUAGCUGAAAGUACCGCAAAUGAGGCAAUGAAAAAGUUUGUUGAAGCAGUGAUUGUCGUUUUCGGGGAACGUUACCUGAGGCAACCUAAUUCUACUGAUAUUGCUAGGUUGCUUCAGCUACAUGAGGAUCGUGGAUUCCCUGGAAUGCUUGGUAGCUUAGAUUGUAUGCACUGGUCAUGGAAGAAUUGUCCAAGUGCAUGGAAAGGUCAUUACUCUGGCCAUCAUAAAGAAGCAACUUUAAUCUUGGAGACUGUAGCAUCUCGCGAUCUAUGGAUAUGGCAUUCAUUCUUUGGACUUCCAAGAUCGCUCAAUGACAUAAAAGUUCUUGAGCGUUCCCCUUUGUUCACAGACAUCAUCAAUGGUCGUGCUCCACCAGUGAACUUUGUUAUAAACAAUCAUCAUUAUGAUAUGGGUUAUUAUCUUGGAGAUGCUAAAAAUUUUGCCAAAGCUCAAGAGGGUGCCAGGAAAGAUGUUGAACGUGCAUUUGGUGUUCUCCAAGCACGUUUCCUUAUCAUUCGUCAAGGGUGUCGGUAUUUCAAAAUAGCGACGUUGAAGAAUAUCAUGAAAGCAUGUGUGAUAUUACAUAACAUGGUCGUGGAACAUGAGCGUGACAUGUUCAAGUCAAUUGAGAAUGGUAAGUAUUACCUGCUUGAAAAAGUAGAUAUCAGUGAGCUUGAUCGCAACGAUGCUGCAUAUCAUUAUGAUUUUGAUCAAUUCAUCAAAGGGCAUCAGAAGCUAAAAAAUAAGAGCAUUCAUCGUCGUCUUCAAGAGGAUCUAGUGGAACACUUGUGGGAACUACGUGGAAAUGUCGAGUAA